GCUGUUCGGUGAAGUGCUUGGAAAUUCCCCUGAAACUCGAGGAAACCAUGUCCAGACUGCAGGUGCUGAGGCUGCUGGUCCAGCAGCGUCUGACCGCGGCCGCCGAGGAGAUCUUCGGGGUGUUUGAAAGAACCAUAGAGGAGUAUGAAGAGGAGCUGGGGCGCCAGCGCAGGCUGCUGGACAAGGCGAAGAACGAGAGCGCCAUGACAGAUCUUCCACAGCUGUUUAACUGUACAGAGGAGAUGCCCUUUGAGCAGCAGGAGUGGAGUCCCGGUUCAGUCCAGGAGGAGCCAGAGCCCACACUCAUUAAAGAGGAAGAGGAGGAACUCUGGAGCAGUCAGGAGGAAGAGCAGCUUCAAGGAGUGAAGGAGGGGGCUUACAUCACCAAGUCUCCAUUCACUCCUGUCCCUGUGAAGAGUGACAGUGGUGAAGAGGAAGCUCAGUCCUCACAGCUUCAUCAAAGCCAAACUGAGGAGGAAGCCAGCAGCUCAACUGAGCAGAUGAAGACAGAAGCUGAUGGAGAAGACUGUGGACUGUCAGAACCAGCCAGGAACUUGGAUCCAGCUGCUGGUGUACAACCGGCGAGUGAUGGACAGUUCCUGUCUUCACACUGCUGUGAGACCGACAUUGAAGACAGUGAGGAUGAGGGAAUGGAGACUAGAGAACAUCAGUCAGGCUUAGACACGAUAGAGAACAAUGAAAUGCUCCCAAGUCAUAAGGAAUUAAGUGUGGGGAAACCUUUUAAGUGCUCAGUGUGUGGCAAAGGGUUUUCUCAGAGAAGACAUGUCCAGGAGCACGUCAGGACACAUACAGGGGAAAAACCUUUCAGCUGCACCGUUUGUGGCAAAAGGUUUUCUCAGAAGGGAGCGAUGCAGAAACACACAAGGAUACAUACAGAGAAACCCUUCACUUGUCCAGUCUGUGGUAAAGGGUUUUCCCAGAGAGGAGACAUGCACAAACAUACCACAACGCACACAGAAGAGAAACCCUUUAGUUGCUCCAUCUGUGGUAAAGAGUUUUCACAAAACCAGCAGAUGAAGAGACACAUGAAAAUCCACACCGGUGAGAAACCCUUUAGCUGCUUGUUUUGUGAUAAAAGAUUUCAUCAUAAGUACAAUUUAAAGUUACAUUUGAGAAUCCACACGGGAGAAAAGCCAUACAGCUGCAGCGUUUGUGGUAAAAUGUUUUGCCAGAAUUAUUUGAUGCAGAGACACAUGAGAGUCCAUACAGGACAGAAACCCUUUACGUGCUCUGUUUGUGGUAAAGGGUUUUCUGCACGAGGAGAUAUGCAGAAACACCUGCGAACCCAUACAGGAGAGAAACCCUUUAUGUGCUCGGUCUGUGGUAAAGGAUUCUCUGAAAAGGGAAAUCUGCAGAAACACAUGAGAACACAUACGGGAGAGAAACCCUUCACUUGUAGAGUCUGUGGGAAAAUGUUUGCUCAAACAGGACAUCUACAGACACACAUGAUGGGACAUACUGGAGAAACACCCUUUAUUUGCUCAGUCUGUGGAAGAGGCUUUAGCCUCAAGAGAAACCUGCAGACACACAUGACGACUCACACGAGAGAGAAGAGCCUCAGCUGUUCAGUGUGUGCUAAAGACUUUUCUCAUGGUGGGGCGUUACAGGCUCACAUGAGAAUCCAUUCAGGAGACAAGCCGUUCAGCUGCUCUUUCUGUGGUAGAUGUUUCUCUCAGAGCGGGCACAUGCAGAGACACAUGAGAGUACAUACAGGCGAGAAACCCUUCAGGUGCUUCAUUUGUAGUAAAGAGUUCAGCCAGAAGAGCAGCCAGAGGAGACACAUGAUGGUCCAUAGAGGAUUAGACGACAUCUAA